AUGGAUGUAGCCCUCGGUGGAAAGGAGUUUGACACCCCUGCUAUCAGUAAGCUCCAGCUACAAACAGUCAAAGAUCGCUUUCAGGCGUUCCUCAAUGGAGAAACUCAGAUUGUGGCUGAUGAGGCUUUUAUCAAUGCUGUUCAGAGCUACUAUGAGGCCUUCCUGAAAAGUGACAGAGUAUCUCGGAUGGUACAGAGUGGUGGCUUCUCGGCCAGUGACUCUCGGGAGGUUUUUAAGAAGCACAUAGAGAAGCGGGUGCGCAGUCUGCCCGAGAUUGACGGCCUCAGCAAAGAGACAGUGCUGAGCUCCUGGAUGGCUAAAUUCGACACAAUUUAUCGAGGUGAAGAAGACCCAAGGAAGCAUCAGCAAAGACUGACAGCAAGCGCUGCCUCUGAGCUCAUCCUCAGCAAGGACCAGUUGUAUGAGAUGUUCCAACAAAUCCUGGGAGUAAAGAAGUUUGAGCACCAGCUCCUCUAUAAUGCCUGUCAGCUGGACAACCCAGAUGAGCAGGCGGCUCAGAUCAGAAGAGAACUGGAUGGGCGAUUACAGAUGGCAGAUCAGAUUGCUCGGACCAGGAAGUUUCCGAAGUUCAUCUCAAGAGAUAUGGAGGCCAUGUACAUCGAAGAGUUGCGAUCUUCCGUCAAUCUAUUGAUGGCAAACCUGGAGAGCAUGCCAAUAUCUAAAGGAGGAGAGUUCAAGCUGCAGAAGCUGAAACGAGGUCACAACACAUCCAUUAUGGAUAUGGGCCAGGAGGAUGAGAACAUGCUGUCCAAGUCUGAUGUUGUGCUGUCUUUCACCCUUGAGGUGGUAAUAAUGGAGGUUCAGGGUCUGAAGUCUUUGGCUCCCAAUAGAAUUGUUUACUGUACGAUGGAGGUUGAGGGAGGCCAUAAACUGCAGACGGACCAAGCUGAAGCCUCCAAACCAAUUUGGGGAACUCAGGGGGACUUUACCACCACCCAGCCAUUACCUGCAGUAAAGGUGAAGUUGUUCACUGAGAGCACAGGUGUGCUGGCUCUGGAAGAUAAGGAGCUUGGCAGGAUUGUUCUUCAUCCAACUCCCAACAGUCCCAAACAAUGUGAGCUCCAUAAAAUGUCAGUUUCUAAAGGCUGCCCAGAUGACCUCAAAAUAAAACUGGCCAUUCGCAUGGACAAGCCACAGAACAUGAAGCAUUGUGGGUACAUGUGGGCCAUCGGCAAGAACGUUUGGAAACGAUGGAAGAAGAGAUUCUUUGUGUUGGUUCAGGUGAGUCAAUACACCUUUGCCAUGUGCAGCUACAGAGAGAAGAAGGCUGAACCAGUGGAGCUUCUUCAGCUUGAUGGCUACACUGUGGACUACACUGACCCUCAGCCAGGUCUAGAUGGUGGAAGAACAUUCUUCAAUGCCGUAAAGGAGGGAGAUACUGUGAUCUUUGCAAGUGAUGAUGAGCAGGACCGUAUUUUAUGGGUUCAGGCCAUGUACAGGGCCACCGGACAGUCCCAUAAACCAGUGCCUCCCACCCAGGUCCAGAAACUCAAUGCCAGGGGAGGCACAGCACCACAGCUUGAUGCACCCAUCUCUCAGUUCUAUGCUGACCGAGCCCAAAAACACGGUAUGGAUGAAUUUAUUUCAGCCAACCCCUGCAACUUUGAUCAUGCUUCCUUGUUUGAGCUGGUGCAGCGCCUCACCCUGGAUCACAGGCUAAAUGACUCCUACUCCUGCCUGAAAGAUGUGAGGAAGACUUUCACCUGGCCUGAUGGGAUUGGUACAGUGACUGGGGAGGAAAAGGAGCGUUUUGAGGAGAUUAAGGAGAGACUACGAGUGCUUCUGGAAAAUCAGAUUACACACUUCAGGUACUGCUUUCCAUUUGGACGACCUGAGGGCGCUUUAAAGGCAACGCUGUCUUUGCUUGAAAGGGUUCUGAUGAAAGACAUCAUCACCCCAGUCCCACAGGAAGAAGUCAAAGCUGUGAUCAGGAAGUGUCUGGAGCAGGCAGCUGUGGUCAAUUACCAGCGCCUGUCGGAAUAUGCAAAACUGGAAGCUCACCAGUGCACAUCCCAGGCGGUCGCGGCGAACAACAACAUCGCUCUGCUGGCCUACAGCAUCUCAAAGAGGCUGGAGGAUGCAGAUCUGCUGGAUGAGACAAAGAGCUCUCUCUGUAAAGCCGCUGAUGUCAUGUUAAACAUGUGCGCCACCUCUGCGGCCUUCGCAUGGUGGUCUGACCUCAUGGUGGAGCAUGCCGAGAUCUUUCUCUGUGUUUACUCAUCCGACAUGGACGCUGCCCUUGAAGUUCAGCCACCUGACAGCUGGGACAGUUUCCCUCUCUUCCAGCUUCUCAAUGACUUCUUCAGAUUGGACAGUAACCUUUGUAACGGGAAAUUCCACAAGCACCCUCAGGAACUCUUUGCACCACUGGCACUUCAAAAGUGAGAUCUUUGCAUCAACAGCUGUGAGCAGAGCUUAAAUGGGGGGUUCCGCAGGGAGGGUUGGAGUCCGGUAACAAAUAAUGGAUCAGCAACAUCAGAGGACCUCUUUUGGAAACUGGAAGCUCUGCAGACCUUCAUCAGAGAUCUCCACUGGCCAGAGGAAGAAUUUGGCAAACACCUGGAAACUCGACUGAAGCUGAUGUCCAGUGACAUGAUUGAAUCCUGUAUAAAACGGACACGUGCAGCAUUUGAGAUGAAGCUUCAGAGAAGCAGCCGGGCCACAGAUUUUCGUGUGCCACAGUCCAUCUGCACCAUGUUCAAUAUCAUGGUGGAUGCCAAGGCGCAAUCAGCCAAACUGUGUGCUAUGGACCUGGGGCAAGAGCGACAGUACCAUUCUCAAAUUGACCAUCUUAUUGAAGAGACGGUGAAGGAGAUGAUAACUCUGCUGGUUGCUAAGUUUGUGGUCACUCUAGAGAGCGUAUUGUCCAAGCUGUCUAGAUAUGAUGAAGGCACACUCUUCUCUUCUUUCCUGUCUUUUACAGUAAAAGCUGCCUCAAAGUACGUGGAUGUACCUAAGCCAGGGCUGGAUGUUGCUGACAGUUAUGUGAUGUUUGUCCGUCAUUCCCAGGACAUGCUGAGGGAGAAGAUCAAUGAGGAGGUGUACGUAGAGAGACUGUUUGAUCAAUGGUACACCAGCAGCAUGAACCUUGUAGGAACAUGGCUGACUGACAGGAUGGACCUGCAGCUACAUGUUUAUCAACUUAAGAUACUCAUCAGGAUAAUCAAAAAAAAGUACCGUGACUUCCGUCUGCAGGGCGUUCUGGACUCCACUUUGAACAGUAAGAUGUAUGAGACGGUGAGAAACCGGCUGACCUUAGAAGAAGCCACUGCAGUGGUGAGGGAAGGAGGGAUGCAAGGCAUCUCCAUGAGAGACAGCGAAGAAGAGGAUAAUAACCAAUAG